AUGAACAUGUUACGAUUACACGUGUCACUGGAAACUGAGCCAACCUUCAAAAGCACCCCAUUUCAUUUCUGGUGUUCCACCAGACGGUUGAUCUUCUCUGUCCUCAUGGUGAAAAGCCAGGGGAUUGGUGGUCCGCAGAAUGACGUGAGUUCUUAUAGUAGCUUCACCUUCAAUUAA